CAUAAUUUAUCGACUUUGAUUGUUACAUGUGGAGGCAAAGUUCUACAUGAGCUAACCAUGAAUAUUUCGUAUUGAGGAUUUGCAACUUCUGCAAACAUGUAAAUGAUUGGAUGUAACUUUUUGUUCUGGAUACUCACUGUAUACUACGCGUAGUAUUUCUUCUAUUCUAAUUCGUUAACUCUAGUUUUCUAACUCAUUUUAAAGACCCACAUUAUUAAAAUGUGCUCCGCAAUCGAACUGAAGUGAAGUUGGGACAUCAAAUGAAGAUCAAAUAUUUUCUAAGAUAUCUGGAAUUAAAAUAAUCUACAAAUGAGCCAUGUCAUGAGAAAACCAACAUAAUGAGCAGCACUUCAAGCUAGAUACGUACGCAUUAGAGAAACUAUUAAAUAACUCAUAGAAAUGGCUGAAGAAGAAGAUAUUAUAACAGAUCAUGAGGAUGACGAGGAGGAUAUGCAACGACAGCGCAUGCGCGAAUUUAAUGAAAUGGUCCACAUAUUAUUUACAAAACCAGAAAGACUUAUACUUUACAAGAUUUUAAAAGAUUAUCAGAGGCGUCGAGAUGUCGCGCGACUGGUUGUGGGCCUAGACUUAAUCCUUAGAACGUAUACAAAAUUAGAAUUAUUGAAGUAUGUGAGGUAUUUUGUAUGGCAAAGGCAUCUUGACGAAUUUGAUAGACUUACUCAGUUUCAAAUGAAAUUUCGCCGUCGGCGUCGUCAACACAGGAAAGCUCAUUUACUACAAAUACCAGAUCACAGAUCGAUAGCCAGUACGAGCACUAACGCAAGCGGAAGAGGUAUUAAAGAUGUAAGGGUCUUUACAGUCCAUAGAGAAAAGGAGGAACCCAGUCUUGGGUUUUGUGUCCGUGGAGGUUCGGAACAUGGCCUCGGGAUCUACGUCAGUGAAAUAGAGGAAGAUAGUGCAGCUGCAAAAUCUGGACUGGAGACCGGGGAUAAAAUUCUUGAAGUAAACAACAUCAGUCUACGAGGUGUGGCCAGUAGCAGCGCGAUCAAGGUUUUAACCGGCUCUAAUCGGCUCAAACUUGUCAUUCAGCGGACUAAGAAAGUUCCAGAGUGGCGGUUGUCGAGAGAGAAAACGUCAUGGUAUGAUAUUCAUGACAAGAAGCUUAUAUCAGGAGAAUUUGAAGAAUGUGGUAUAAGUCACAGUAUUCGAGGCUUGGACGUGGAAGUUCCUGAAAGAAGAAUCAAUCUUAAGUUUGGGAAGGCCAAUCGAGGUCUGGGCUUCAACAUCAGAGGUGGAAGAGAGUAUGGCCUUGGUAUAUAUGUAUCAAAAGUUGACCGUGAAGGCUUGGCUGACAAAAACGGGGUUCGAAUAGGAGACCAAAUUAUUGAUGUGAAUGGAAUUCCUUUUGAAAACAUUACUCAUGCUCACGCUGUGGAAGUGCUGAAAGGAAAGAAACAUCUAAUUCUAACGUUACGGGAUGUGGGUCGUUUUCCUGUUUACAAAGAAUUGUAUGCUGAGUACACAUGGAGUGACGGACAUAUAAAACCAGGUUCAAGCACGAUGAGUCUACGAGAUAUACAUGUUGAGCACCAUGAGCUUCCAAAAAAGGCUGAAAGUGUUUCUGAUCUGUUCUCUGGCAGAAGAAGACCUAGUACACUACACACUGAGAUAUUUCUUCCCGGUGAAAGACAGCUUCACCCGGAAGGUACUAGUAGUGCUAACGACGAUAUUGUACAUAAUAUGAACACUGAAGAUGAUACCGAUAGUCUUAUCGAUCUUGACCAAUGGGCACAAGAUAUUCAAGACACUGGAAAUGAAAACCGUGCAUAUGUUCAUGACGAAGACGUUAAAGAUAACUCUCUUCAGAACAAGUAUGUGAAAAGUCAUUUAGUUAAAAGAGGGACUGUUUUAACUAAGCAUGACAUUACCGUUAAAGAAGCUAAUAUAGAAGACAUAGAUGGAGAUUACGACAGUCCAGACAUGAUGUAUGCCAAGAUUAACAAACAUACUGAAAGAUACGCAUCCACAAGCAAUUUAAGUGCAUCUAUUCAUAAAGAAGAUGAAACAAAAAAUACAGAAAGUAUGAUGCCAAGAACAUUGCAUGAGGAUUCAUCUUCCGAAAGAUCAUUCAGAGCUACAGAAAACAGACAAACAUCAUCUAAUGAAGAUCUUCAUUCUUUAGCACCUAGUGUGGAUGGAGCACUUUACUCUACAGUGAGGAGACUAAGUGGUGGUUCAUUUAAAAACCUGACUGGUUCAUCUUUAAGUAUCUUUGAUGCUAACCAAAGUACCAAAGACAGUGAAGUUAGUAAAAACUUUGACAAUCUUGAAUUCACAGUGCAUUCAGAGGAUAAAUUACACAAGAAACGUAAAAGUGUAACUUUACCAUAUGCUGAGAAACAAGAUACUGACAGUGACGAUGAGCAUGGUGCAGACUCGUACGACUUGAUCAAUCCAUAUUCAAUUCAAACAAGAAGCUUUAAAGGGCCUGACACAUCUGACCACAUUGGUCAUACUUCAACGAGAAAUGAGGACGACGGGUUAGACAUGGGGGCAUUGGAAGAUAGGCUUCAAGAGCUUGAAGAAAGACAAACAAAUAUUGGCUUACAAGAAUUGAAUGCUUUAAACGGAAACGCGCAAGACACGACAUAUUACGAUGGCAGUGUCAGAAAAAAGGGAAAAUGGAAAACUUUAAAGAAUAAAAUUAAAGGCAGUCUUCGAUUAAGAUCACCAAGACAUACAAAAAAAGAGGAUGUUAGUGUAAUACGAUCAACAGAUAUUCCAGAAUACUCUUCAAAAAUAACGAAGGAAUGGAAAGCAGAAAAGAUUGAUAGCGUCAGUUUGGCAAUGUUAGAGGACGCUGCACAAAGACUGCUCGAUGAAGAUGAAUUCAAAGUAGUAAAAAGACAUAUUAAAACGUAUCAUGAAUCCCAUGACCUUGAAAGGCUGGUUGAUGUUUUGCUGGUUAUACUAGAUAAACCGGAGAAGCUUACCUUAAUCAAGGAUGUCAGGGGUGUUAUCUACCAGCACGACAUGGUAAAAUUUGACAAUAUGGUGAACCACUUCGAAAUAGAAGAAGCCUACCAGAAACUAUCAAUGAAGCUGCAUCUACCACUGAAUCAUAAACCACAGAAGAGGCCACGCAGAAAGCUAAUCACCACCGAAAUAGAAAAUCCAUCCGAUGUUCCAAACGCCGAAAAAAGCCUCGAUUCUGGUGAAGCGGAAGAUGGUCAUUUUCAUAUAAAGACGAUGAAAAAGAAGGAUGUCGUUGACGUUAUGAAGGAGAAUGUAGAGGAAACCAAAGCUAAAGUAACCUCCCCACAUAGACAGGUAGAGUUUAUUUCAACAAAACCUCAAGGAGUCUAUAGAAAACCCAGAGAGGUAGAGUCUAUGUCAAUAACAUUUCAGGGGCGAAUCGCAGAAGAAAAGUCAGCUUUAGAUGAGUUUGAAUAUCUUGACUUUGAGCAUUUAGAAGAAGGCUCUUGCAUAGCUGCUUUUAGUGACUGCGGUUCUCAUGGGUCUGGAGAGGUAGGAAAGAUUCCAGGAACUGUUAUUGUUCACCUAUCUAAGACUAAACAUUCCCUUGGUAUCGAUUUUGUUGAAGAGAUGAUAGACGGUGUAAAAGAAGUAAAAAUUGAUGGAAUAGACCCUAAUGGCGCCGCGAAUGAUGACAGUGAAAUACAGGUUGGUAUGGCAAUACUUGCGGUUGACAGGCACAAAGUAGAAGGGCUCUCACUUGAAGAAGUCUGCGGAAUUAUAGAUACUUCAUAUAUGGACAAACAACAUGUGAGCAUGAAACUUGUGCUUCGAAAACCAGAGAGCACGGACUUCUGAGUUUAAACUAGUUAGAUUUUAAUAAAUAAAGUGGAAUUAAAUUUU